UUAUAGAUUCGAAUUAAGGUUAGAAGCGGCGUCUCUUCGUGUUCAAGUUAAGCAUAAUAAUAUCCAAAUUAAAUAAAACACCAUGGUAAAGGAAACGAGUUCUAGUAUAAAAAAGAAACGUAAAAAUACUAAUACUGACAAUGAUCCCGAUGUAGACAUUUAUAAGAAAGUUGUGGAUUUCGAAGAAAAGGAAUCCGCAAGUCGCGAGAGUUCAGUAGAUGCCAGUAUAUACUUUGAUAUGUGCCAAGACAUCAAAGAAAUGUUGAAAGAAAUUUACGAGAGGAAAUGUCAGAAAACGGUGGACACCACUGCAAAUAGGGAGAGUUUAACUGAGAUUUGUGUCAAACUGUGCGUUAUAAAGAAACUUAAUAGAAUUGAUAAAAUUAAACACGUUUUUGGAAAAGAGACUUUAAGCGUUGAGAAACAAAAAUGUGACAGUAUUAAACUCAGUUACCAGAAUUUAGUUUACGAGUUGCACCAUUUAGUAGCAGAAACAAAUAAGUGUCUGGCUUUCAAAUCUAAGGACGAAGAUAUUGAACUAGUCUCUCUUGAAGAAUUCAUGAAAGAAGCACCAGAGUCCCUUACACAUAAAUUUGGAGAGUAUAAUGAAGACGACUCUGAACAAAAACAUAAUUUGCGAUUAGCCAGAUUGGAAUGGGAAUUGACUCAAAGAAAAAGCCUUGCAGAACUGUGCAAGUCUUUGGUGGAAGAACAAAAAAAAUUAGGACAAGAUCUUGUGGAACGAAAAGAGAAAUUAAACACCUUACGGCCUCUCCUUAUGAACAUUAUAAAUGCAACGAAGCCUUUACAAGAACAUUUAGAUGUCCCAUUCGAACAACUGAGAGCGGAACACAAGCUGGCGUUUCUUUUACCAGACCCUUUAUACAUUUUUUACGUCAACAUUGUGUCUUACAAGAACGUGUACGAUCUUAGCUUAAUCGUUAAUAUACUGGGGGAUCAGGACGAUGCUCUACAGUUUAAAGAAGCUCAAGAAAUCGCCAAUGGAAGUUCGCAAAAUGACGACGAUUCAGAGCGUGAGUCGGAUUUACCCGAAGUUGAGGAAGUUGUAGAGGUGAAAAAAAGACGCCACCGCAAGUCCGUCCAACAGAUCGACCCUAUGGAAGAGAAGAAGAAGCGGUUACUCGAAGUCCACCCCUUAUCGGUAGAGAUCACGGCAAGUGUGAACAGCGGUCCAUCCAUCACCGUAACGUUCCAGUACUACACCAAGCUGAAAAUCGUAACCGUUACCUCUAAAGUGUCUAUUCCCUCUAGUAUCACUGCAAACACUGCCCGUGAAAUUCUCUCCGGAGAAAACAUUCUCGGGGAACUGAGAGAAGGCGAUUUCGGCACGGACAGUCCCAACCCCACAACGCCUUACCACCUGAAGAAAAUCGGCGUUAACUCCUACCAAUCCCUGGUGCCUCAAAUUGGGUAUGCCUACACUUGGGCGCAAGGCGUUUGCGGCAUGGAUUUCUUGUCGAAACAGAAGGCGAGCAGUGAUAAUAUUAGCAGCGCGAGUGUGGAAACUGUUGUGAAGAUAUUACUGAGAAGGCUGAGCGCUAGGAACGAUUUGGCCAAUCAGCUUCAGCAACUAGAACAAAAUAUCAUCCCCAAACUACCGGAAAUUAUAGAAGCGCCUUCUAAUCCAGUGUCUUCGUUGGUCAAAUGGACGUCGAUCACUUACCAGUCAUUCUGUCAACACCAGUUCGUCCAAAACCUGAUAGAGGACGAGUUUAUUUCACCCUCGGAUCUCUUUUAUUCUGCUACAAUCCGCAGGGGAAACGCUAAUAUGCAGGCGCUGAUCGCUAUAAAAAAUAGUUACCCCGAGGUCCCGCCUAUAUUUUCGCUUUGCCUCAACUAUAAUGGCAUUUACCACUCGGGCAACUGCGAUGAUAUAAGAGAUUUGGAAAGGAUCCUAAACGUUGAGUGGGAACACGGAGAGGCAAGUUCCUCAUGGCUACUCUCGGCACAAAUAUACCAUUUGUGUUGCUAUUUAGACGUUUAUUUGGAAUCGUUGGAUACCAAAGCGUUUCCGCAGAACGUCAUGUUCUUGAAAAAUAUUUGUGGGAGGAACAGGAAACGGCCAUUUAAGUUCAGGAAAGUAGGAACGGGACUUUUCUCCCAAUAUUGAAAAUUUUGUUAUGUCACCAUAAUAAAAUUUUAAGUUUCAGAGUUAGUAGAAUAAAAGUUAUUUUUAUU